GGUCACAUGAACUAUAUUGCUAAAAAUGGCUGACAGGCGCACACAGAUGUCAGUAACAACAGAGAAGAUGUUUAUGUUUUCAUGUGUUUUUUAUUUAUCAUGGACGUCUGUUCGGGCCGAGAUUCAUUCUGCAGUUCUCGAUAAACAAACUGGCCAGCUGUCCUUGGAGGAGGGGUUCCGAGACGACUAUGUAGCCUGGGCGAACUUUACCGACGACAUCAAGAACUCGGGCUGGGCAUAUCUGGAAGUGACCACUAGCGGAAGCUAUAAUGAUAGUAUCCAGGCGUAUGCUUCCGGGGCCGUUGAGGCUACAGUCACCUCCCAGCUGAUCUAUAAGCACUGGAUGAACACACUUAUGGGGUACUGCGGUCCGUUUACCUUCGAGUCGGGAUUCUGCCAGAGGCUAAAGGAUUACAUCACUUCCAACCUGCAAUGGGUCAGACAGCAGAUAGAGGAGCAUCCACACUGUCCCUACUGGCACCAGGUGCGGUUGGCGUUGCUGCAGCUGAAAGGUCUGGAGGACGGCUACAAUGAUCAGCUGUCAUUUCCCAGUGGCCCUUUCACUCUCAACCCCUUCGGCUUCCUACUUUUCCAGAUGGGAGGAGACCUAGAGGAUCUUGAAGGGGCCCUAAACAAAUCUAGCCAUUCACGGACUCUGGGCUCCGGCUCUUGCUCCGCCCUCAUCAAGCUGUUGCCUGGCAACAAGGAUCUACUGGUGUCUCAUGAUACCUGGAACAUCUACCAGGCCAUGCUGCGCAUCCUAAAAAAGUACCAGUUUGCCUACCGUGUCUCUCCUACAGACAGUGAUAUGAUCCCUGGUGGAACCCAGGCGUUCUCUUCCUACCCAGGCUCCAUCUUCUCUGGAGAUGACUUCUACAUCCUUAGCACUGGGCUGGUUACUCUGGAGACCACCAUUGGCAACAGUAACCCCGCCCUCUGGAAGUUUGUUCAACCAACCGGAGCAGUGAUGGAGUGGCUGAGGAACAUCGUAGCCAAUCGGCUGGCUACAACUGGCAAGGCGUGGGCAGAGAUUUUCAGCAAACACAACAGCGGAACGUAUAAUAACCAGUGGAUGAUAGUGGACUACAGGCAUUUCACUCCAGGGAUGACCGAGACUAAGGAGCAGCUGUUUACUGUGCUGGAGCAGAUCCCUGGGCUAGUUGUUCACUCUGAUAAAACCCAGGAAUUGCUGCAGAAAGGCUACUGGUCUAGUUACAACAUCCCGUACUAUGAGGAGGUGUUUAAUGCCAGCGGCUGUAGAGAACUGGUAGAGCAGUUUGGUCCAUGGUUUUCUCUGGACAUGAAUCCUCGAGCCCAGAUCUUCAGAAGGAACCAAUCACACGUCACAGACAUGGACUCCAUGGUCCGCCUCAUGAGGUAUAAUAACUUUAAAGAGGACCCAUUGUCACGGUGCGAGGGCUGCGACCCGCCUGCUAACGGAGAGAACACCAUCUCGGCCCGCUCCGACCUGAACCAGGCUAACGGGACAUAUCCCUUUGGAGCGCUGAAGCAGAGACCACAUGGUGGAACAGAUAUGAAGGUGACGUCUUAUGAGAUGUGGCGUGAGUUUGGGUUCUUGGCAGCGAGUGGACCCACGUGGGACCAGGUACCUGCUUUCCAGUGGAGUUCCUCUCCCUACUCAGACCUGAUGCACAUGGGACACCCCGACACCUGGGCUUUCACACCUAUACAUGUCACCUGGUCUACCUAACCCGUAACCUUUAAAUUAACCCUACACGCACACAUCCAUCAGUGUAAGAAAAUAAACUGAGGGGUGCUGGAUUUCAUUUGAAAAGGGGAAAUGAUUACAAAUGUAAUGCAAAUGGAUAUACAGUACAACAGUAAGCAUAUGUUUACUGCACUGCUGUUUGAGAUGAAGGGAAUGUGUUUUAACAGUUUAAAAAACAAAAUCAUUUUUUGCUCAUACUGGCUGUCUCAUAUUGAAUGUAAUGUGAGAUGGUAUAACUCUGUCUGAAAUGAGACUUCCACUAUUGACAAUAUUGAGGUAGGAAAUUGUACCUCUUAGACGCACAAAAAAUACUUUGUUAGGGCAAUAGAGAAUGAUUUUUGUUUUCCAUUUUUAAAUCUGUUUUCAAUUUGAAUCCUAAAGUAUUCUACCAUUUGAUUAAUGCUGCUAAGGCACUGGUCAAUUCAUUUAAUUCAUAUCAACGCUAUUAAGACCGUAAUCAGAUCAAAAUAUGUAUUACAUUUCUCAUUUGACAGAUAAAGGCUUGAAUGUGUCCAAGUUUUUUAUUUUUUAUUCAAUGGUCAAUGGUUGUCAUUAAAUGAGUUUUGAACUUCA